CUUUCAUCUGCUGUUUGCAUAUAAUAACUCAGGAGGCUACAUCUCCAAGCUCAGGCAAACAGAUCUCCACAGACAAAGGACUCUCCACAUACAAACACAUCUCAAAACAAAGAGGAAUCUUCACAGACAGACAAAUCACCACUAACAGAUUUGAUUGAAAAUACAGAAGACAUGAUGAGUAAAGCUCGUGGCUCCGUAGAGAACAGCAUUCCUGACCAAAUGACUGAAGAUUCUAAAGCUGAUGACGAAGCGAAGGCAAACAGAUCUCCACAGACAAAGGACUCUCCACAUACAAACACAUCUCAAAACAAAGAGGAAUCUCCACAGACAGACAAAUCACCACAAAGAGAGGAAUCUCCUCAAACCGGCGAAUCUAAUCAAACAGACAAACUUAAUCAAACAGGCGAAUGUAAUCAAACAGGCAAAUCUCCUCAAACAGGCGAAUCUAAUCAAACAGGUGAAUCUCCUCAAGCAGGUAAAUCAUCACCAAUACAGGAAUCUCCAGAGACAGACAAAUCACCACAAACAGGCGAAUCUCCACAGACAGAAAAAUCACCACGAUCAGACGAAUCUCCUCAAACAGGCGAAUCUCCAAAGAAAGACAAAUCACCACAAUCAGACGAAUCUCCUCAAACAAGCGAAUCUCCUAAAACAGGCGAAUCUCCACAAACAGACAAAUCUCCACAGACAGAAGAAUCCCCACAAUCAGACGAAUCUCAUCUAACAGGCAAAUCUCCAAAGACAGAAGAAUCACCACAAUCAGACAAAUCUCCUCAAACAGGUGAAUCUCCACGGACAGACGAAUCACCACAAUCAGACGAAUCUCCUCAAACAGGCAAAUCUCCAAAGACAGAAGAAUCACCACAAUCAGACAAAUCUCCUCAAACAGGCGAAUCUAAUCAAACAGGUGAAUCUCCUCAAGCAGGUAAAUCAUCACCAAUACAGGAAUCUCCAGAGACAGACAAAUCACCACAAACAGGCGAAUCUCCACAGACAGAAAAAUCACCACGAUCAGACGAAUCUCCUCAAACAGGCGAAUCUCCAAAGAAAGACAAAUCACCACAAUCAGACGAAUCUCCUCAAACAAGCCAAUCUCCUAAAACAGGCGAAUCUCCACAAACAGACAAAUCUCCACAGACAGAAGAAUCCCCACAAUCAGACGAAUCUCAUCUAACAGGCAAAUCUCCAAAGACAGAAGAAUCACCACAAUCAGACAAAUCUCCUCAAACAGGUGAAUCUCCAUGGACAGACGAAUCACCACAAUCAGACGAAUCUCCUCAAACAGGCAAAUCUCCAAAGACAGAAGAAUCACCACAAUCAGACAAAUCUCCUCAAACAGGCGAAUCUAAUCAAACAGGUGAAUCUCCUCAAGCAGGUAAAUCAUCACCAAUACAGGAAUCUCCAGAGACAGACAAAUCACCACAAACAGGCGAAUCUCCACAGACAGAAAAAUCACCACGAUCAGACGAAUCUCCUCAAACAGGCGAAUCUCCAAAGAAAGACAAAUCACCACAAUCAGACGAAUCUCCUCAAACAAGCGAAUCUCCUAAAACAGGCGAAUCUCCACAAACAGACAAAUCUCCACAGACAGAAGAAUCCCCACAAUCAGACGAAUCUCAUCUAACAGGCAAAUCUCCAAAGACAGAAGAAUCACCACAAUCAGACAAAUCUCCUCAAACAGGUGAAUCUCCACGGACAGACGAAUCACCACAAUCAGACGAAUCUCCUCAAACAGGUGAAUCUCCAAAGACAGAAGAAUCACCACAAUCAGACAAAUCUCCUCAAACAGGUGAAUCUCCACGGACAGACGAAUCACCACAAGCAGACAAAUCUCCUCAAACAGUCGAAUCUCCAAAGACAGAAGAAUCACCACAAUCAGACAAAUCUCCUCAAACAGGUGAAUCUCCACGGACAGACGAAUCACCACAAUCAGACGAAUCUCCUCAAACAGGAGAAUCUCCAAAGACAGAAGAAUCACCACAAUCAGACAAAUCUCCUCAAACAGGUGAAUCUCCACGGACAGACGAAUCACCACAAUCAGACGAAUCUCCUCAAACAGGAGAAUCUCCAAAGACAGAAGAAUCACCACAAUCAGACAAAUCUCCUCAAACAGGUGAAUCUCCACGGACAGACGAAUCACCACAAUCAGACGAAUCUCCUCAAACAGGAGAAUCUCCAAAGACAGAAGAAUCACCACAAUCAGACAACUCUCCUCAAACAGGCGAAUCUCCAAAGACAGAAGAAUCACCACAAUCAGACAAAUCUCCUCAAACAGGUGAAUCUCCACGGACAGACGAAUCACCACAAUCAGACGAAUCUCCUCAAACAGGAGAAUCUCCAAAGACAGAAGAAUCACCACAAUCAGACAAAUCUCCUCAAACAGGUGAAUCUCCACGGACAGACGAAUCACCACAAUCAGACGAAUCUCCUCAAACAGGAGAAUCUCCAAAGACAGAAGAAUCACCACAAUCAGACAAAUCUCCUCAAACAGGUGAAUCUCCACGGACAGACGAAUCACCACAAUCAGACGAAUCUCCUCAAACAGGAGAAUCUCCAAAGACAGAAGAAUCACCACAAUCAGACAAAUCUCCUCAAACAGGCGAAUCUCCAAAGACAGAAGAAUCACCACAAUCAGACAAAUCUCCUCAAACAGGUGAAUCUCCACGGACAGACGAAUCACCACAAUCAGACGAAUCUCCUCAAACAGGAGAAUCUCCACAGACAGAAAAAUCACCACGAUCAGACGAAUCUCCUCAAACAGGCGAAUCUCCAAAGAAAGACAAAUCACCACAAUCAGACGAAUCUCCUCAAACAAGCGAAUCUCCUAAAACAGGCGAAUCUCCACAAACAGACAAAUCUCCACAGACAGAAGAAUCCCCACAAUCAGACGAAUCUCAUCUAACAGGCAAAUCUCCAAAGACAGAAGAAUCACCACAAUCAGACAAAUCUCCUCAAACAGGUGAAUCUCCACGGACAGACGAAUCACCACAAUCAGACGAAUCUCCUCAAACAGGCGAAUCUCCAAAGACAGACGAAUCACCACAAUCAGACGAAUCUCCUCAAACAGGUGAAUCUCCAAAGACAGAAGAAUCACCACAAUCAGACAAAUCUCCUCAAACAGGUGAAUCUCCACGGACAGACGAAUCACCACAAGCAGACAAAUCUCCUCAAACAGGCGAAUCUCCAAAGACAGAAGAAUCACCACAAUCGGACAAAUCUCCUCAAACAGGUGAAUCUCCACGGACAGACGAAUCACCACAAUCAGACGAAUCUCCUCAAACAGGCAAAUCUCCAAAGACAGAAGAAUCACCACAAUCAGACAAAUCUCCUCAAACAGGUGAAUCUCCACGGACAGACGAAUCACCACAAUCAGACGAAUCUCCUCAAACAGGCAAAUCUCCAAAGACAGAAGAAUCACCACAAUCAGACAAAUCUCCUCAAACAGGCGAAUCUAAUCAAACAGGUGAAUCUCCUCAAGCAGGUAAAUCAUCACCAAUACAGGAAUCUCCAGAGACAGACAAAUCACCACAAACAGGCGAAUCUCCACAGACAGAAAAAUCACCACGAUCAGACGAAUCUCCUCAAACAGGCGAAUCUCCAAAGAAAGACAAAUCACCACAAUCAGACGAAUCUCCUCAAACAAGCGAAUCUCCUAAAACAGGCGAAUCUCCACAAACAGACAAAUCUCCACAGACAGAAGAAUCCCCACAAUCAGACGAAUCUCAUCUAACAGGCAAAUCUCCAAAGACAGAAGAAUCACCACAAUCAGACAAAUCUCCUCAAACAGGUGAAUCUCCACGGACAGACGAAUCACCACAAUCAGACGAAUCUCCUCAAACAGGUGAAUCUCCAAAGACAGAAGAAUCACCACAAUCAGACAAAUCUCCUCAAACAGGUGAAUCUCCACGGACAGACGAAUCACCACAAGCAGACAAAUCUCCUCAAACAGGCGAAUCUCCAAAGACAGAAGAAUCACCACAAUCAGACAAAUCUCCUCAAACAGGUGAAUCUCCACGGACAGACGAAUCACCACAAUCAGACGAAUCUCCUCAAACAGGAGAAUCUCCAAAGACAGAAGAAUCACCACAAUCAGACAAAUCUCCUCAAACAGGUGAAUUUCCACGGACAGACGAAUCACCACAAUCAGACGAAUCUCCUCAAACAGGAGAAUCUCCAAAGACAGAAGAAUCACCACAAUCAGACAAAUCUCCUCAAACAGGUGAAUCUCCACGGACAGACGAAUCACCACAAUCAGACGAAUCUCCUCAAACAGGAGAAUCUCCAAAGACAGAAGAAUCACCACAAUCAGACAAAUCUCCUCAAACAGGCGAAUCUCCAAAGACAGAAGAAUCACCACAAUCAGACAAAUCUCCUCAAACAGGUGAAUCUCCACGGACAGACGAAUCACCACAAUCAGACGAAUCUCCUCAAACAGGAGAAUCUCCAAAGACAGAAGAAUCACCACAAUCAGACAAAUCUCCUCAAACAGGUGAAUCUCCACGGACAGACGAAUCACCGCAAUCAGACGAAUCUCAUCAAACAGGAGAAUCUCCAAAGACAGAAGAAUCACCACAAUCAGACAAAUCUCCUCAAACAGGUGAAUCUCCACGGACAGACGAAUCACCACCAUCAGACAAUUCUCCUCAAACAGGCGAAUCUCCUCAAACAGUGGAAUCUCCAGGGACAGGCGAAUCUCCUCAAACAGGUGAAUCUCCACAGAAAGAGGAAUCUCCACAGACAGACAAAUCACUACAAACAGGGGAGGUUUAA